AUCCUUUAACGCCAACCCACGUCACAGCGCUGGCCUCGCCCCUUCACCAGCAGUCUCCGGCGCCGGACGGGUCCAUCACGCGGACCUCAAACUGGUUUUUCUGCCUGCCCUGCAGCAUCUCAUCAGCCAUUGGGACUCUUCUCACUCCUCCCCUCUUGGUGGGGUCAGUGAUCUGCUCAAUGCUGUGAGGAAGAAACUGUUGCAGGGCAGAGCACAGAAUAAUUACCUUCUUCCUACUCUAGCCCAUACCCUGACACACUGGCCAUUGACGCCUCAAUUUGCUGAGCUCACUGGAGUGGCAUAGACAAGGUCUGCCACAAUGCUGCUGCUGCUGCAUAGAGCUGUAGCCCUGGGGCUCAGACCAGCCUGCAGAUUCAAGUCUACCCACUCAAGGCUCUGCAUUCAGGCCUGCUCUACAAAUGAUUCAUUUCAGCAUCAGUGCCCCAGCCGUGCCUUCUCUACAGAUAACUCCAGCACCAGGGGAUGGAGAGUCAUGGGGACCCUGUUAGGCCUUGGUGCAGUGUUGGCCUAUCAUGACCGUCGUUGCAGGGCUGCUCAGGAGUCACCACACAUAUACACCAGAGAGGAAGUAAAAUCCCACAGCACUCCUGAGACUAGGAUCUGGGUGACUCUGGGCUCUGAGGUCUUUGAUGUCACAGAAUUUGUGGACCUACACCCAGGGGGGCCAUCAAAGCUGAUGCUAGCAGCUGGGGGUCCUCUAGAGCCCUUCUGGGCCCUCUAUGCUGUUCACAACCAGUCCCACAUACGUGAGAUACUGGCUCAGUACAAGAUCGGGGAGCUGAGCCCUGAAGACAAGAUGCCAUCCACCUUGAAGACCUCUGACCCUUACGCUGAUGAUCCUAUACGUCACCCAGCUCUGAAGGUCAACAGCCAGCGCCCCUUUAAUGCAGAGCCCCCCCCUGAGCUGCUGACAGAAACCUACAUCACACCCAACCCUAUCUUCUUCACUCGAAACCAUCUGCCUGUACCUAACCUGGACCCAGACACCUAUCGCCUGCAUAUUGUAGGACCACCUGGGAGACGGCCACUGUCUCUGUCCCUGGAUGACUUACACAAGUUCCCCAAGCAUGAGAUCACGGUCACUCUGCAGUGUGCUGGCAACCGGCGCUCUGAGAUGAGUCAGGUAAAAGAAGUAAGAGGUCUGGAGUGGAGAACAGGCGCCAUUAGCACUGCACGCUGGGCUGGCGCACGACUGUGUGAUGUAUUAGCUAAGGCUGGUCACCAACUCCGUGAAACUGAGGCCCACGUCUGCUUUGAGGGACUGGACUCAGACCCCACAGGGACUACCUAUGGAGCAUCCAUCCCUCUGGCUCGGGCCAUGGACCCUGAAGCUGAGGUCCUGCUGGCAUAUGAGAUGAAUGGGCAGCCUCUGCCUCGUGACCAUGGCUUUCCUGUGCGGGUGGUGGUUCCUGGUGUGGUGGGUGCCCGCCAUGUCAAAUGGCUGGGCAAAGUGAGUGUGGAACCAGAGGAAAGUUACAGCCACUGGCAGCGGCGAGACUACAAAGGCUUCUCUCCUUCCGUGGACUGGGACUCUGUAGAUUUUGACUCUUCUCCAUCUAUUCAGGAGCUUCCUGUCCAGUCAGCCAUCACAGAGCCCAAGGAUGGGGAGAUGGUAGAGGCAGGGGAGGUGACUGUCAAGGGCUAUGCGUGGAGUGGUGGUGGAAGGGCUGUGAUCAGGGUGGAUGUAUCUCUGGAUGGGGGCCUAACCUGGCAGGUGGCUGAGCUGGAUAGAGAGGAACAGCGCCCCCGCAAGGCCUGGGCCUGGCGGCUCUGGCAGCUGCAAGCCCCUGUACCACCUGGGAAAAAGGAACUGAACAUUGUUUGUAAGGCUGUAGAUGACAGCUACAAUGUGCAGCCAGACACCGUGGCCCCAAUCUGGAACCUGCGAGGCGUGCUCAGCAAUGCGUGGCACCGUGUCCAUGUCCGUGUUGCCUCAUGAGAAAGUGAAAUGGCACCAUCUACUCCCCAGAAGCACCUUCUCAACCCCUUUCCACACCUAUCCGUUAGCCUCAUUUCCACAGAAAAACCUUUCUCUCCAUCUCUCCACUUCUCUCAGAAACUUUUACUCUGCCUUCCUAAGCCACACACAGGUGCACACAUUGGACAUUUCCACCUAGGCGCCACCAUCCUUUGACAGUGUCACAUAUUACUGUCCAUUGACUCUGUGCCAGGAGGUGAGAGCUAUUGGAGCAAGGGGCUAGAAGUGAGAAGAAUAUUUCUGGAAACAAGCACUACUUUCUCUUCUUACCCCACUUCCACUGCCAAUGUCGAUCACCACUGAGGCCUUAUUUUGCUUUUCUUGGAUUCUUCAGAGAGUGUGUAUAUGUGUAAGAAAAAUGGAUAUGUGACUUGCUGUUGCCCCUCCGGGUUGCCAGGGGUUGUGAACAGUGCAACCCUCUUCCUUUAUAAUUACACUUUUCUAAAUAUAUCAAUAAAGCAUCUUUUUAAGACUA